AUGCUAGACCAACCCUCUGGCUAUCGCCACGACGUUGCUCUGCACAAUAAGCUGCAUUCCUCUGAUAGCAAUGCCCAGCGCUCACUCUGGUCCAAUCUCAUGACCAGCCCUUCGGUCCUCGAUAAUCUCCGCAUCUCCCAGUCUCUCAGCUCGCUUAGGGAGCAAGGAUCCACCUCCGCCGAGCUUCCUGCUUUCCUGCGCCCUCUCCCUACCAAGGAUGCAGCAGAGGAUGUCAACUACCUGCAAAUCAAGGGCGCCUUGUCUAUACCUAUUCUCCCGCUUCAGAAUGCCCUACUGCAGGCUUACAUCGAAUAUGUCCACCCGUAUAUGCCGCUUAUGGACCUGAACAACUUUCUCAGCAUCAUUAACACUCGCGAUGGCCAGAAUGGACAGACAAGCCUUUUUCUCUACCAAGCCGUUAUGUUUGCGGCGUCUGCUUUUAUCGAGAUUGCUCAUUAG